AUGAAGCAAAAUUUCAAUUAUGUUGCCAUAAGAAAUGCCUUCUAUCCCCAAGCUGGCAUUGGGAUCUCAGCAAACACCUUUCUUUUUUGUCUGCACAUUGCUGCUGUCUUUGGGGGUCCUAAGCCUAGGCUCACUGACCUCCUAAUCACCCACUUGGCUCUGAUACAUAUCCUCAUGCUCCUCACCAUGGAACUUCUGGUAUCUACAGAUGUUUGGGAAGCACAGGACAUUCCACAUAAUUUCAAAUGCAAAGUGCUUAUCUUUCUGAACAGGGUCAUGAGGGGACUCUCCAUCUGUACCACCUGUGUCCUUAGUGUAUUUCAGGCUGUCACCCUCAGUCCCAAUCUCUUAUUUCUGGGUCUUUUGGUUCUUUCAAGCGCAUACAUGAUAUUUCUGUUGCAUAGACAUAAACAACGAACCAUGUCUCUUCAUAGCUCCAGGUUUUCUCUAAUAAGCUCCCCUGAACAAAGGGCCACUCACACCAUUCUGCUACUCAUCAGCUACUUUGAGAUCCUCUAUUGUGUGGACUUUAUUAUUUCACUAUUCAUAAGUGUGACGUGCACCAAUGAUCCCAUCCUGGUCUCUCUCCAAAUGCUUGUGGCCAAUGGCUAUGGCACCAUCAGUCCUCUGGUGCUGAUCAGUGCUGAUACUCAAAUAAUAAAAGUUAUGCAAACCAAAUGGAGAAACAAAUUUCAGCUUCUGAUAAAACUCAUGUAA